UUGCAAUAUCCUGAAAAUACUGAACUCGAGGGUAACCGUGUCAAUUAAGAACCAUCUGCUCUGGCAUUAGUAGAAUUGUUCUGGUAGUAUCACUAUUCAUUAUUCACAACAAAACAUAAAUAUAAAAUACCAAAAAAUACGAAGAAUUUUUCUUUCUUAUUUUCCUUCGAUACUUUCAACGACGCUCGCCGGAAACCUCCCAGCGGCGAAUCACCGCCGUCGAAAUUUGAGAAGCUUCACUGCACACGGUAUACUAAGAUGGCUCAAGCUAGAGAAGGGAGGGAUAUCCAAGGAAUUCCGUGGGAAGAAAUCGAAAUAAAUAGGGAGAGUUAUAGGCAGACUAGAUUGGAACAGUAUAAGAAUCACGGGAAUGCGCAAUCGGAAGAGGUGCCGGAAAACGAAUGCAAAACGACUGUGAAAGGACAUUCGUACUAUGAAUUCAGAACAAAUUCAAUAUUGGAAUCGACAAUUUUCCAUUAUCAGUUGAGAAAUUUGGUAUGGGCUACAUCGAAGCACGAUGUUUACCUUAUGUCAAAUUACUCGGUUUUGCACCGGUCUUCAUUAACACACAUCAAAUCGGAAGUUCUUAAUCUAUCAGGACAUGUUGCUCCUACUGAGGAACAUUAUGGAAGCAAUAUGGAAGGAUUUUCGCAGAUCCGUGUCAGCACACUAGCAGUGAAAGAUAAUCUGCUAGUUGCAGGAGGAUUUAAUGGAGAACUUAUCUGCAAGCAUUUAAAUAGGCCGGGAAUUUCUUACUGCACAAGGACAACCCGUGACGAUAACGCUGUCACUAAUGCUGUUGAGAUAUACACUACUAGAAGUGGUGCGGUCCAUUUUCUAGCAUCGAAUAAUGAUUGUGAAGUUCGCGACUUUGAUAUGGAAAAUUACCAUUUGUCCGACCAUUGGCAUCUUUCUUGGCCACCUAAUCACACUUCUCUCAGCCCGGACUGCAGUACCCUCAUAGUCGUCGGAGACGAUCCUGAUGGUAUUUUGAUGGAUUUCAGGACUGGGAUGAAAAUUGCGACUCUGCGAGGUCAUCUUGACCACUCGUUCGCAUCCGCAUGGCACCCAAACGGAGUAACUUUUGCCACUGGAAAUCAAGAUAAAACUUGCCGAAUUUGGGAUUCUAGAAAACUUUCUAAAUCGGUCGACACAUUGAAGGGCGAAAUCGGAGCCGUUCGAUCCAUUAAGUACACAUCGGACGGUAGAUUCAUGGCCAUGGCUGAGUCGGCGGAUUUCGUUCGUAUUUUCGACGUUGAAAGUGGGUACGAAAAGGAGCAGCAAAUCGACUUCUUCGGUGAGGUGUCGGGAAUUUCAUUUAGUCCUGAUACGGAGGCUCUUUUUAUCGGAGUUUGGGACCGGACUUAUGGUGGGCUUAUUGAGUUUAGAAGACGAAGAGAAUAUUCUUACCUUGAUGCUCUCUAAGUAGGUUUUUAUGAUGUGUUGUAUAUAUUAUGUUUUAUCUUUUCCUCCUCUUUUUAGAUGUUUUUGAACUUUUCUACCUCACAUUCGAUGAAUCUUUCGAUAUUAUUAUAUUUGUUUUUUUAUUUUAUAUUAUAUAGAUGUAUAUAUAUAUUUGA